AUGAAGCUAUCUGCUGCUCUUGCAGGGUUUUCCGUUUUGGCAUCUAUUCUUGCCUUUCCGGCACCUUAUCAAAACUCUACUACGCUUUCUGUGAGAAUUCUCAAGCUGUUACUCACUGGCUUUGCUCGGGUCACUGCCACUCCAUCGUCGGCCAUCACCACUGGCAGUUCUGUUAGUAGCCCCAGUGCUGUGAUCACCGGAAUUCCUCAUGUCACCACCACUCCUAUGGUCAACGUUACUGUCCCUCCUCUGAUCCACCCCAACGGCACUUCUAUUAUAAGCAUCAGUCCUGUGGUCAACGGCACGGGUCAUGGAAACACUACUGCCCACUGCGAUCUUAAGAACCCCAAGACUUGGGGCCCUCCCUUUGGCCCUGGAUGUAAGAUUCCUCCCGGUUGGGUCAAGAAUGGUCGUCCUGACGCUCCUGCCCAUGGAUGGUACCGCAACCAUCCCCGUCGGUUCCUGCCUAUUGGACGAAUCAUGGAAGUGUGA